ACUUUAUGCCUGGUUAAAUACUUUAUUAGCCGAAUAACAGAAAGAACUUAUUACGGAAUUCGUGGAGCCCUUCAGGAAAUCAACAUUGAAAGAACAAUUACAAUAUCUCAUGAAGAGUCUGGAGUUCUUGGCCGAGGUCAUGAUGAAAAAUAUAGAUUAACAAAUUCUAUUGAUGAACUCGAAGCGUAUUUGGCAAAAUUAAGUAUAAAAUGUAAUUAUGGAUAUAUAAUUAACUCUGACUCAGAAGAAGAAAGUUCAUCUACCUCCAGUCAAGAUCCUAUUUGGACCGAUGACUCUUCUAGUGAUUCUGAUUCUUCAACCGUUAAAGUUUAUCGAAAAAUGAAUAAUACCGAGGCAGAAGAAUCGUUGAAUGUUCAAGGUCUGGUCCCCGCAAGAUAUGGGGCACACCCAACCAAAUAUAUUACUGAAGACCGCACUAAAGGAAUAGAAUUUGUUAAUGGCAUAGCAAAUGAAGAAGACGAACAUUGUUUGUUACGAUUCCGACUUCCAACUAGAAAAUAUAAAAAAUAUCGUAGGAAUCUUGUUCAUCAGAAAGGAUCCAAAAGAUUUAGUAAUGAUAUUUGGCAUCGCGAGACAAUGCCUGAUCGUAUCGGAGACAUCGGAGGAAUAGGCGAUUCUCCACCAAUUAACUUACCAGUUAACGUGGGUGUAAAACACAUCGAAGAAUUCAACUCAAUGGUCCAAGAGGUAAAAGUACUAAGACCAAGAGACGAUUAA